CGUUUGUCACCUCGGUGUCGACUAUUUCCAAGUUUUUGACGAGCUUUUACACGCACGUUUUGACCCAGAAACCUACUUUAACUUCUCCUUGACUUACUUUUUUGCUCGAGUUCUUGUAUUUUUUCCUCAUUCCGGAAAGCUGCAAGUGAAAUUUCUACAAACACAAUUACGCUGUUCUUCACGCCAGGCUGGUCCAGGCAUAAGCAUCCAUCCACAAGUUUUUCUGCCCAAACUCUGGUGGACCACCAACCAUUCCUCCGGGUAGCAAGAAAACAUUCCACAGGUUCAUCUGGAUGACCUGUAAACUUUAUAUGACAAACACACAUAUUUUAAAAUGAAACCACGUGGAGCAUUUUGAAAUUGGCUGUUUUUGAUCAAUUUUUUUCCAAAGCGAAGCAGUGUUAAAAUCCUACAAAAUCCUGACACGGUGUCAGAAAUAAUGCCAAAGCCGAGGGCAGAAUCCAGUCCACCUUCUCAGGAUGUCAACGCUUUUUUCAGCAGCGAAGUUCCUAACCAUCCUGCUCAUAGAAAAUCAUUAGCCAAUACGUCCCCGCUGAGCAUGUACAUCGAGAGUGAGCAUCACCAAGCGGGCCUCUUCUCCCUGUCUCCCACUGACACCCGAUUGGAUGCCACUUUCGAUCCCCAAAAGAAGAGGAGGAAGAAAUGUGGCACCUGCGCUCCGUGCCUUCGCAAAGAGAACUGCGGUACCUGUGUUAACUGCCUGAACCGCAAGACGGGUAAGCAGAUCUGCAAGCUGCGCAAAUGUGAAGAGCUGAAAAAAAGACGAGACACCUGGGAGACUGUUCACGAAGUCACUUCAUUGGAUGGCCCCAGAGGUGGAGACCAGAUGGAAAUUGGGUCACAUGACCGCCUCCAGGAAGGCGUGCUGAGCCUGGAACUGCCCAAUGGGGUGAAUUGCGAUCCUAAUGAUGAUGAGGCAUCUAUAGAAACAGAGCAGAAGAGGGCAACAGAUGUACCUCAAAAGCAGUGCUGGGUGCCAACACUUGGCAAAGUUCAACAGCAAGCAUUGCUGAAACAUAACAGCAGUUAUGCAAAACAAAGUAAACCGGUCCACCAUGUGGAUAUGGAAGAUGCUCACAAUCUGGUCACUUUUUCUGCCCUUGCCGGCACCUUACCUCCCUCCACCACCUCUUCCUGCGUCCAAGUGCAGCCUGACAUGAUGCAGCUGUAUGAGAAAUUCACCCAGGAAAUGGGUGUUGAUGGGGCACGCGUUGAAAACUCUGCGGGGGCUCCUAACACAAGCCACCCAUCUUCGGAAGACAUGAAAACCCUGCAGGCAGCACUGAACCAUGCAAAACAUGGCCGCAAGCCUCCGAACUGCGACUGUGAUGGGCCUGACUGUCCAGACUACCUUGAGUGGCUGAAGAAGAAGAUUAAGUUGGCAGCCAGUGAGAAUCAAGACACCAGCAAGAGGACUGAUUCGCCACAUUUACAGCCUAAUAAUAUUCAGCACUCCCAUCUGCAGAAUCAGCCCUAUCUCCAGGCCAACGGUGACCACCAACACCCGACUUCUUCAUAUCCCCAGCAACAACAACAACAACAACGAACAAACUCUGGCCAAGUAGCCUGCUCGAAACUUCCUCCAAUUCCCUGCUCUCCCCAGGUGCUUUCAAUAGCCAAAGAAAGGAACGUCAGUCUUCAAACUGCUAUUGCCAUAGAAGCCCUUACACAGUUAUCUGGGACUGGGACUCAAGGUCCUGGUGCUUCAGACCAAGCCCUCCUUAACAAUAACCUCCAUCAUCACCAACAUACCCAAAACCUCACAUCUUCACUUCUAAAUUGCACUAAAUUGAUUCCAUCCUUUGCAGUCACCUGUCCAUCAUCGCGCUCUCAGUCCAUCCCUCCAGGAUCACACACUGACCAGCAGGCAGCAGUGUCCUGUGAGCACCACAGGCCCCAAUCACAGGGCCAGCCCCCCCAUGCUUCUACCUCUCCCUUUCGAGGCCAGGGAAAUCCUCAGACUUUUGGCCGCAGUCCCAAGCAGUGGCUGCAGGACACACACGGAGCUUCUGAAGAGCGCCUGGACCACGAUGCCGGUACACCUCGCACGAGGCCAGACCCAAUGUCAGAGCUCAAAGACCUUCUGGGUGACACCAGUGGGAAGUUCGGAAAUUUCUCUUUUAAGCUCCCAUCCACGCAGCAGCUUACCGAGAAUGAAGGCGUGCCAAGGAUAAAGCAACAGACAGACGUCGGUGAUCAACCUGCUUCCAAAGGACAUUACAACUUGGAUAAUGGUCAGUUGCAGGUUCGCCACUAUCCUGGUACUCCCAUGUCUCCUGGUCAAGCAGCCAUUAGACACUCAACUCAGGCAGCUUUGCAACAGCACCUUCACUACAAGAGGAACCUCUUCUCUAGUCAUUCCCCUGGCUUUGGUGCAUCAGCUGCGCCUUUCCAAAACCUAAAAAAAUGGUGGCCUCAGAUGGAAGCCAAUGCUUUCAAUCAUCUGAGCAUAAAACAGGAGCUCAAGGAACCCAAGAGGAAAAAAAACAGCCAAGUUUCCCCUGUCAUGAAAGCUAUGAGCGGCGGGAUGCUCCCAGGCCCUGUCCUUCCUAAACCCAAACAGAUUAUAAUUAAGAAGAGCAAGCAAAAAGCCUCUGUGCCAACGUUCCUGCCUAAGAGUCAGAUAACUGUGGAAAAAACAUCAGUCCUGAUGAUGGGCCGAGCCAACACCCCGAAUAACCUGCAACCAGAUUCACUGCCCCUUUUACCCUCCCACAGUAACUCCACUCAGGUGAUUGCUGCAGGUUUCCCUGCUCCAGCCCAAUCUCAGGUAUCAAUUUCCAACCUCUCAAUGGCUCCCUCCUUCACUCAUUCUGCUUUGUCAAUGAACAAUCCCACCCUCGUGGGCUCCGUGCCCCCACAAACGGCCCAUGGAACCGAUGCUAAGUCAGAGGAGGUGAGUAGAUUAGUCCAUAGCGAUGUGAGCACUGCCUCCUCUCUGACCUCCACAUCGAUACCAAACACCUCACAGUUAUCCGGUCUCAUAAACAUAGAUCCUAAGUAUGAAGAACUGAUACUGCAGUUUGAAGCAGAAUUUGGGGACUCGGCUGCAGACACACCUUCCAGUGAAGCCAUGUCCGCGACAGUUAUAGCUUCACAGAUCAUGAAUCAGUCUCAGGCCAGUGCCCAGGAUCUCACAUCACCCACCACCCAGAAUCAGCCAUCUUCCAAUCACACCCCUGAUUCCAGCUACACACCGCAUUGGAACAAAAAGGAGACGGAUGCCAACAAAGAUGAGUCUGACGUUCAAAGGGAACUUACCUCAUAUCAAACAUCCACAGUGACCCCAGUGAAGGAGCAGCAGGAUCCCCAGUCCGCCAUCUCUCAAAAUCAGGACUGCCCACUUGAUAAGCAUCCACAGCAAAGUCAGAUACAGGAAAGGUUCGGCAUUCCAUCUUCCCCCAUAGCUAAACGGAUGAAAUUUGAAGCCUCUGGCGAUGUAGCCGUUCUUUCCACUACCUGCUUCUCUGAGGAGGACACACCCACUAAGGAUGGUUUGCCUUUUUCUCCAUCUUUGAACGGGUUCUUAGAGUCCCCCCUAAAAUUUUUAGACACCCCAACCAGGAGCUUGUUGGAUACGCCUUCAAAAGAUCUGCAGGCAGAUUCCCCCAACUGCACCUGUGUGGAACAACCCCCGGAGAAAGAUGAAGGGCCCUACUACAAUCACUUGGGAUCUGGACCCACUGUGGCCUCCAUACGAGACCUGAUGGAAACACGGUAUGGGGAGAAAGGAGAGGCCAUCCGGAUCGAGAAAGUGGUGUACACAGGCCGAGAAGGCAAAAGCUCAAGAGGUUGCCCAAUUGCCAAAUGGGUGAUUCGUCGUGGGAGCGAGAAAGAAAAGAUCCUGUGUCUGGUGCGUCAUCGUGCAGGCCACCAUUGUGCAAAUGCAGUCAUCAUCAUCCUAAUCAUGGCAUGGGAAGGUGUCCCAAGAUCUAUGGCUGACACACUGUACCGUGAGAUCAGCGACACUCUCACCAAAUUUGGCAAUCCCACCACUAGACGCUGUGGCCUCAAUGAUGCUCGUACGUGUGCAUGUCAAGGCAAGGACCCUGACACUUGUGGUGCUUCCUUUUCCUUUGGCUGUUCUUGGAGCAUGUACUUUAAUGGUUGUAAAUACGCCCGAAGCAAAACACCGCGCAAGUUCCGGCUACAAGGAGAGCGCCCUGAAGAGGAGAACAAACUCAGGGAUCAAUUCCAGAAUCUGGCCACCGAAGUGGCUCCAUUGUACAAGAGGUUGGCUCCUCAGGCCUACAGUAACCAGUGUCAAUCAGAGACGAAGGCUUCAGACUGCAGGCUUGGUUUGAAGGCAGGCAGACCAUUUGCCGGAGUCACCGCUUGCUUGGACUUCUGCGCCCAUGCCCAUAAGGACCAGCACAACCUUUACAAUGGUUGCACAGUGGUGUGCACUUUGACCAAGGAGGACAACCGCAGGGUAGGGGAGAUCCCUCCUGAUGAACAGCUCCACGUUUUGCCCCUCUACAAACUCUCUACCACUGACGAAUUUGGCAGCGAGGAAGGCCAGCGCCUCAAGAUGAAGACGAGAGCCAUUCAGGUGCUUCAGGCUUUCCGCCGAGAAGUACGCAAGUUGCCCGAACCAGCCAAGUCCUCUCGACAGCGCCGCCUGGAUGCCAAGAAAGCCGCGUCAGAGAAGAAGAAGACUAAACUCCAGCAGCAGGCAGCAGAAACACCAGAGAAGACAGUGGUGAGGACUGAAGGGUGCUUCAGCGAGUCUCCUCAACUCCCAGGCAAUAAAGAUCCAGCAAUUAUAAAACAAGAGUUUAAGGCCAACAUUAAAAAGGAUCCUUUCAAUGGAUCGAUGGACGGUUACACUUUGCAAGCAGCAGAUGCAAUCAAGACCAUGUGCCCAAAUCCUGCCUACUAUGCAAGGGGAGGCCUCCCCACAACUGGCCCGCCCUCAGCAGGAGACCCAGUCAAUGGCUCUAACCACAAUCUGCCAGCAUCACACAAUGGUUUCUUCAACUUCCCCUCCAAUGCACUUUUCGCACCCAAGAUGAGGACCUACGAGGGUCGCAAUAGCUCUUUGCCCAAAGCAGGCAGGAUGGCUUUCCAGGGAGACAAAAAGCCUGAUAUUCACAGCCUUCAGGCGAGACUAGCCCAUUCCUAUGCCGACCAUAUCGAGCAACCCAACCAAGUUAAUUGCCAGCCUUCGGACAACAACCAGUCACGUCCUUCUUCUGUCUCCUCUGAGUCCUCCAAUAGAGGCACUCCAGUCAUCAAGCAGGAGCCAAUGGAUAUGCCAGUCUGUGAAGUCACGGAGCCGAGUCAAGGUGCUACCAGCACGCCGAGCUCCACCCCCCAACCUAACACCUGGCCAGGAAACAGGUUCAAUGGCAGCGUUGUUCCCACAAAUUGGGACCAUCGCAAUCCAAAACAACGGCAUGAAGACUUCUUUUCUCAUGAAGAAAAGCAGAUGUUGCACGCUCAUCCCCAGCAGCAACCUUCUCCUUACCCCCAACCGUGGACCUCCCUUGCUGGCUCAGAUACCUCACCAGUCCCCUACGUACCUCCCUCCUCCUCCCCUCAUUUAGGUUCCCCGGGUAACAUCCACCAAGGAUCUCCGCGUCCACCCACCCCACGACCGAGCACCCCUCAUCCGGGGACACCGCAGCCAGGUCUCUCGCAGCCGUUCUUACUCCCUCAUCUUGGUCAUUCUCAGUCCCCAUCACACAUACCACAGCCUGUCACUCCCAGGCAAUGGGCCAGCCCUGCCCCAAGUCCUGAGCCAAACUCUCGGGCUAUGGCACAGGGUGCAUACAGCCCUACUUUGAAGCACAGCAGUCCCGCCGGCGCCUACCCAGACAAGAUGUGGUCCAAAACCGGUGAAAUUCGCUGUUCCACUCCCCUCGGGGUUCAAGAGAAAGCCUGGAAAUCAUGCGGCGGCUCAGCGGCGGGCAGUACACCAUCCCCUGCCCCUGAGGGACGCCUCUUCCCCGAUGCGCUGCAACAGUCGGAUCAGGCUUUCUGGGACCCCGGUCGAGCUGAGAGCGAUGGUGAGAGCACCAAGGGCCGCGAGGAAGACGACGACGAGGUGUGGUCUGAUAGUGAGCACAAUUUCCUCGAUCCCAACAUUGGAGGCGUGGCGGUAGCGCCCACCCACGGGUCCAUACUAAUUGAAUGUGCCCGUCGGGAACUACAUGCGACCACUCCGCUCAAAAAGCCAGAUCGCUCCCACCCUUCUCGCAUCUCUCUGGUCUUCUAUCAGCACAAAAACCUCCAGCAGCCCAUGCAUGGCUUGGCACUGUGGGAGGCCAAAAUGAAGAUGCUGGCAGAGCGGGCGCUCCAGAUGCAGCAGGAAGCAGCUCUCCUGGGCCUGUCCCAGGAUGAACUCAAGGCGCUCAGCAAGAAACGCAAAUGGGGGGCCACGGCGGCAGGGGCCAGGUCAGCUGUUGGACAAGCGAAACAAAAGAGGGAGGGGCCGGUUACACGGGUAGCUCCCACUUUCCACACCAACUCAGUGGUUAACGUGUCUCCUUCUGCCUUCACGCGCGUCUCUGGGCCCUACAGCUGCUUUGUGUGACGUCGGCCACCGACAGACUGCGAGCUAGCCGCUGGAGUCAUGGUGCUUGCCCCAGACAAGAGAGAUGAGCAAGAUGAAUGUCUCUCACAUGUCACACGGUCUGCCAUCUCUCCAUCUUCCCCCUCUGCAGUCCCCACUCAGAAGUGGGGACACUUUUAUUCUUGUUUUUUUUUUACCUCAUGUCAGGCAGUGGUUGGGCUUUCAACACGCUGCCUCUGGUGCUCUUCCUCUCUCUUCCCUAGGAGAGGAACUCCAUUGUUGUUUCUUGUUUAUAGAAUUUUCAUGACUCUAAAUAUUGCUCUUAUUAUCAAUAUUAUUAUGGUUGCAAUUGUUACUGUUCAUGUUGUUAUUGCAGGUAUUAUGAUGAAGAUUUGUUUUGUUUAGUUUUUUUAAUCAUGUUAUUAUUGAUGAUGUUGAUUGUCCAUUUUGUUUGGUAUAUUUCAAGGCAAUCGGAAUCCUUUGAGACAUUUUCCCAUGUUUGGAAAAUCUUUUCUUUUUUUCUUUGUCAUUCUUCCAGCUGUAUUAAAAGGAGUCAUAAUUGGCUUGACAAGAGAGCAAUCUCGUUAGGACGAGUUAGGGGAGUGGAUAACUCAGAUUAUCAGUUUCAGCUUCACGCUGAGCUCCCUAAAAAUGGCGACAAAUACGCGUUCAUGACUGGAACUGAAACAUCAUUUUGCAAUUUGUGUCGGGCAUUCAGGAAUGCCCUUCAUGUUUUUGUUCAAACUGGAUUUUGCCAGCAGUUCAUACAUGAGCAAGGCUAAAAAAAAUUCUUUAUUUUUUUUUUAAAACAUGCCUCUCAGGUUGGGUAUGUUUUGGAAGACUCAAGUGUCCGGUGAACCUAAAUACUUUGGCCCUUCCGAUUAAAACAAUCAUCAUUUUGCAAAAAGAAGAAGCAUCAUGAUCAUGAGUCAAAAUGUGAGUCAAGUGCGUCUUGCUUCUCUUGUCAUUCCUCAAUGUGCUCCUGCUCUUCUACACCCCAGCAGCUUUUGACUGGUGCUCAACUUCCACCUCUGAUGGAGUUUCAUUCCACUACUGUGUGUGGCACUUAAUGCUGUACUUCGGUGCUCCAACUGAAAUCGAGGUCGUGUAGUACGUGAGGGAAAAUAUUUUCCAGCCGAUCUACUACACCACAACAAGUGUGCUAUUUUUGUGCUUAUCUUGUUUGCUAAGUCCACCUGAUCGCAUCUCUGUAAUUGAUGACAUCGAUAGGGGUCAUGUUAACCUCCUCAGUCAGGAGUGAAAACUUUGAAGUGUCAACUCUAGAGGGCAGGCUUGACUGCCUUUUCGAAGCGGCACGUUCAGACACCUGCGAGCACUUAGGCUGAGUUCCAUUCAGAAGCCGGCAUCGCCUUCCCCUUGCUGCAGAAGCCCUCCACGGCCAGACCAGUGGAGGGGUCUCUGAGCUCUGACAUGUCCACCAAAGGCAGUGCUGACCUUUGUCCUGUUGAAGCUCAAAUGUGAAACGAAUCCGCAGAAAACUUGGAUCAUAACAUAAUAAGUGAUAGGAGUACUUUCGGUGAUCCAUGCAUCCAUCCACUUUGGUGCUCUCCUUCUACACUUGAUUUACUGUGAAGGCCCAUCCUUUCGUCCGCAUGGUGCUGUCAUCUUCGAGCGGAGCACGACGGGUCCUUCAGCAGGCACCUCGUCUACAUCGAUUGUUUGGUUUCCGUUAGUGGUGAAACAUGCUUGGAUAAGCGGCGCGGCUUCUGGGAGACGGUACCUGUUGCGUCGGAAUUGUUCACUCUCUCACUGUGCACGCGUUAUUUCUGCAAAAGAGCCAAAGAGUGAGACACGUGGAUGGGGUCUCUUGAAUUGUGUGUUUUGAUUUCAUCCCCAUCAACCAUGCAUUCAAAAAUUGGAGGGGGGCGGAGGGUGGGGGGGGGGGGGGGUUAGGUCACAAAAAAGAGGGUGAAAGUCAAAUUGAGUGACGAUUUCUGAUUGCAUACAGGCUGGUUCCCGGUUGCCGGGCUGCCUUUUUUGGGGGGGAGGGGGGUGUCACCGUACUUUUCUUCUGUGGAAAGACCUUAUUCGUCUCCAGCUCUCUACCUCGUGCCGUUGAGACACUGGUUACAAUCACAACUUGCUACUGAGGGCAGAGAAUCAGCCACGUACCUUUGAGUGCUCAAGGUCUCCACAAUCACUUGACGCUUUUUCUUUUGUUUACUUUUAUUUAUUUGUGCUGAUAAUAAUGAUUGUCAUUGGGUUCUUUUUUUUCUUUCUUUUUUUAUAUAGCUAAUACAAAUUGUACAUAGAGAAGAACAGAUUUAUAAAAGCACUUUUAAACUUGAUUUUAAUGACAAAAAGAAAGACGAUUAUUGACAACUUGAAGGUUAGAUUUUUUGUUUUGUUUGGGGUUUUUUUCUGAAGAGAGAUACAAAUGUAAAUAGUAAAAUAUUUAGGUAAAACUAUUUAACUGGUGAGGAUAGUAUGUGAAUCCUAAAAGUGUAGGGGGUAUUUUGGCAACAGUACACUUGUUCCCUGUGCUUUGUGUGUACAUGUAUGCUAAGUAACCUAUUUGUUCUCCUCUCACAAGUACUGUAAUUGUAUCCUAAGUCAGCAUGUAACCAGUAAAAAAUAUUGUUACUUGCGAAACACAAGUUAAAACGUCCCAUUCUUAAGAAUACAAAAUCGGAGAAUAGGAAAGCUUUUACUGCAAACCUGAAACCCGCAAAAAAAAACCCGUAGUAUGAUCUCAUGUCACUUAGUUUGCCUCACAAAUUGAACAUUAUUUUUUCCCCAAAAGAAACAAAACUCCCCGACUGCUAAAGCUGACUUGUAUGCAAAUGUUCCGUGUUAUUAUUGUCAUUAUUAUUGACCGAAUUCAAACUAAAACCAUCUAAUGUUGAAACUAGCAAACAAGACCUUGCCUUGAAAUCGGGAGCUUUAGAGUUGCUGGUCGGUCAGGUUUGUUACUUUAAAUCACACUGAGGCUGUUUUUGUUGUUGCUUCAUUUGUCUUGCUCGGUUCAGUCUUGGCAUUGAAGCGCAGUAAUGUUCAGUGACGGACGGAGGGAUGAAGGUGUUAUCAACCUCAUGGCAAGGAACCAUUUCCAAGAGCAGGGCUUUCGGAAACACACUGGUAUCUGCAAAUGCAAUUUGAAACUUGCGGGGCGUGUUCACUGCUUGUUUAAUUCCAGCUGUAUUAUCGAAUACACUUGUCAACUUGAAUAUGCAGACUACAGAAUAUCUUUGUGGAAAAACAUUGCUUUCUUUUCAUAAUUCCUUGUUUAGUAUACACCGGGUCUGUGAUUUAUUUGUUUUGUAUGGGGUGGGUGGGGGUGGGGGGUCCACGCAAUCACCCGUGUUUGUUGUUUCGACCACUAUGAAUAGCCCUCAUCACACGAUUACAUAAAAAUAGUACAUACAAUUUACAUUUUUGAGUACAUUAUAUGUUUGGUUAAGCUCUGAGAGUUGGUGCUAUCACACAAAACCUUCACGUCACUGUGCAAACUAUUACUUUGUUCACCACAGCUAUAAGACCCCGCCCCUUACUAACCCCCUGGAAAAUGGCAAGAGAAUUCUCCAUUUGAUUGGAGGGUUUUCAAAAAUUCCAACUUAACUGGUGCUUCGUCUUGUAUUUGAAAUGCUGCACAGGUUCCUGUGUCCUAAACUCAGAUGAGGACACGUGGUUUAGGAAAUGAAUAGAAAUCCUGUUUUACAGCAUGGGGGCACUCAAAUUUUAUUAUUGAUUCCAUACAUAACUUGAACUUCUUUAUCGUUGAAUUCAUCUUGGAUUAUGUGGAGAGGCUUGAUCUGCAUUUUAUGUUUGGUACGUCACAUGGAAAUGACCCUUUUAAGGUUGUUCUUGUAAAUGUUCCUGUGAAGAAUGCUAAGAUGUUGGACUUUGAACAAGAGGAAUAGAAAAUGUGUCCUGCCUCCUUUAUCUCCUUAAUUCUACUUGUUUGUGUAUUUCGUCUUUUGUGGGAACACACACAUAGUUAGACGUUUGCAUCACCCUGUGCAUGGCCUACUUUUACAAGUCCAUUAAACACCUAAUUCAAUGAUACUCAAAAUUUGGGAUCAUACAAAUUAAAAAAAAAUCUACCCACAUAACUGGCAGCUACAUUCCUUUUCGAGUUUUUCGAUUGUUGUUUUAUUUUCCAUGUAAGGAUGCAGUAUGUAAAAAGUGGUUUUGUUCUCUCUUUGUAGCUGUGCUAUGGUGUAUUAUGUGAAAACAUAGUGUAUUUGGUAAAAUACCACAAUAUUGUUUUAUGUUGCGCUAUAAAUAAAAAAUUGAAGUGAGAGA